UGGAUCUGUUUUAUGAAUGAUUCAUGAUUGUUGGGACAUAAAUGCCAAUGCAUACAUUACGUCACAACAAAACUGGACUCAAUUGCUCUAUGAAUCUCACUCUCUUCUUAACUAACUCCACUUGCUCGGUGAUCUGAUUGGUUCUGUCAGAAUUGCUUGAUUCAGAAUUGGGACUUUGAAUUGAGUUUUUUUUUUCAUUUUUCAUUUUUCUUUUAGCAGCAUAUUUUGGGGUUUUGAUGAAUCCAUUCCUUCGUUAUUGGGGAAGGAAUGUGAGCUAUUGUUUCAAUGCUUGCAGGGAUAGCGAGGAUUCGUGGAUACUUAAGUAGAAUCCCGUGUUAUGUUAUGAUCAGUUGUGGGUUUUUACUUUGUUUGCUGCUCUUUGAAUUGCGGUUUGGUGGAAUUUAGAUUUUGGUGUGGGUUUUGAAUCUGUCUGUCGAAGGAAGUUUUAGGAUUUGGACAUGAGAAGCUCCUGGUUCAAUAAAUUGUCACUUAUAAUUGGCCAUAGACCCCCAUUGAACUGGUUAUUUAUGUGCCUGAUCAGCCUGCUCGUGCUGAUUGUUGUUCUAGGUUCAUCUUCCUCGAAUGUUAUUGAUCCGGCACCUCAUGUUCCUGUAUCUCUCAUCUACACAAACUAUAGGAGGGUCAAGGAGCAAGUGACGGAUGAUUAUUUGGAGUUAAGGUCUGUGGUACAGGGAGUUGCUAGACAAAGAGAAUUUGACUUUUGUGGCAAGGAAAGAGAGAAUUUUGUGCCUUGCUAUAAUGUUUCAGCCAAUUUAUUAGCAGGGUUUAAAGAAGGUGAGGAAUUUGAUCGGCAUUGUGAACGGUCAGCUGAAGUAGAGCGGUGUUUGGUUCGCCCUCCUAAGGAGUAUAAAAUUCCCAUGAGAUGGCCAACUGGCAGAGAUAUUAUAUGGAGCGGAAAUGUGAAGAUUACCAAAAACCAAUUUCUUUCGUCUGGAAGUAUGACCAAAAGGUUAAUGCUUCUAGAUGAGAAUCAAAUUGCUUUCCACUCAGAGGAUGGACUAAUCUAUGAUGGUGUGAAAGAUUACUCUUGCCAACUUGCGGAGAUGAUAGGUUUGGGCAGUGACACUGAGCUUCCUCAAGCUGGUGUUCGCACUGUUCUAGACAUUGAUUGUGGAUUUGGUAGCUUUGUAGCUCAUUUGGCAUCACUGAAUAUAAUGGCAGUCUGCAUUGCUGCAUAUGAGGCAACGGGUAGCCAGGUUCAGUUGGCCCUUGAGAGAGGUCUUCCUGCUAUGAUCGGCAACUUCUUUGCAAGACAGCUUCCAUAUCCUUCAUUAUCAUAUGACAUGGUUCAUUGUGCUAGGUGUGGCAUCAUUUGGGAUGAAAAAGAUGGAAUGUUCCUUAUUGAAGUUGACCGUGUACUUAAACCUGGAGGAUAUUUUGUUUUAACCUCGGCCACAAGUAGCACACAGGGAAGUUCAUCACAAAUGAAAAAGAGGAACAUGUUGAUGCCAAAGGAAGAGCUGACACGGCAACUCUGUUGGACUCUUCUUGCUCAGCAAGAUGAGACAUUCAUCUGGCAGAAGGCUGCUGACGUUAAUUGCUAUGCAUCUCGCAAGAAGAAUGUUAUACCACUAUGUACAGAAGGUGAUGUUGCUCAGUCAUAUUAUCAGCCUCUUCUACAAUGUAUAAGUGGGACCUCUAGCAAGCGCUGGAUUGCAAUACAGAACAGAUCCUCUGGACCUGAAUUGAGUUCAGCUGAGCUUACAAUUAAUGGAAAGUAUUCAGGAGUUCAGCCGGAAGAUUAUUUUGAAGACUUACAAUUCUGGAGAUCAGCUCUCAAGAAUUAUUGGUCUUUGCUUACACCACUAAUUUUCUCUGACCAUCCAAAGAGACCUGGUGAUGAAGAUCCACUGCCUCCAUACAAUAUGAUACGUAAUGUGAUGGACAUGAGUGCUAAAUAUGGGGGUUUGAACACUGCCCUUCUGGAAGAAAAAAGAUCGGUUUGGGUCAUGAACGUCGUUCCUACUUGGGCCUCUAGUUCACUUCCUCUUAUACUAGAUAGAGGUUUUGCCGGUGUUAUGCAUGACUGGUGUGAACCUUUCCCCACAUACCCCCGGACAUAUGAUAUGCUUCAUGCCAAUGGACUUCUUUCUCAUCUCGAUUCAGAGAGAUGCAGCAUAAUGGACUUAUUCUUGGAGAUGGAUAGAAUACUGCGUCCAGAGGGAUGGGUCAUUCUUUCUGAUAGCAUGGGAACUAUAGAGAUGGCUCGCACAAUUACAGCACAAGUACGAUGGGAAGCAAGAGUAAUUGACCUUCAGAAUGUCAGUGACCAGCGCCUACUUGUUUGCCAGAAACCCUUCCUGAAAAAAUGAUUUGAUUGGCUCUACUAUGUCUCACCCUGGAAGAUGAACAUCAUUUUUGCUCUGGCUCUGCUAAAUGUUGCAACCAAAAUUGCGGGGCAGGGUUGAAUCUAAGCGUCCAUGAUAUUGUGAAUCGAAUCCUAUUACAGCAUAUUAGUAUGUACGGCAGCUUAUCUGUACACUUAACUGCAAUAAUUUAUUGUUUCAAUUUCAGAGACUGGAUUGUUUAGUUAGCACGGGUUGUAUAUAUUGCUCAGAGUCCUCGCGCUUUCCCAACUUUUGCAUAAUUGGAUCGGAAGAUUGUGGAAGCUGUAGAUUGUGAAGGUUCACAUUGAAGUUAGCUCCAAUUCAUUUUUUUGUCAAAGGUGUUGUAGUGAUUCAUUCAUUUACUAUCUUGUUAGCAUAUUUUGCUUCAUGAUUGCUUUUAUUGAUCAUUGUACUUAAAGCCUUCUUGAACAAUCACACUAGUUUUGAGAAAGAAUAUGAAUA